UGUGGGAGUAGCAGCAUCAGCAGAGGCUAAUGUACUUGCACCUCCAGAAUUAGUAAAAACCUAAAAAAUUGGGGAAGAGAUUUAACGAAAAACAUCACUUCAUGCUGAAAAGGUUAAACCAGCGGACCACAGAAACUGACAUUCUCCUCUUCAGCAUGCAGUACAACCAACAUCAACUAGAAAUCUGUUUUACAGUGGAACAACUGAACACAAUGCACACCUUUCUAUUUCUUUUGCUUGCCCUUAUUUUCUUGGUUACUUUUACGCAGAGAAUGUCCUGCUGUCCAGCAGUGAUGCCACAAAGACUUACUUCAACAUAGAUUACCCGCCACUUCAAUCCAUGAGACAAGCUAUAUCAGAAGAAAAUGCAAACCGGGGAAAAGAAAUGCCAGCACCUGUGACACUGCGUUUUGUUCAGUCGGAAAACACAUCUGCUGGUGAGUCAAAUAUCAGGGACAUAUUGGAGGCUAAGCUGCCAGCUGCCACUACGUUUCUACGACGGACAUGCGAGGCGACAAUAGUGGCAGUGAUGGAAGGCGAGGGAUGGUACUACAAUUGUUGCCCACGAUGCGCCCGCAAAGUACAGAAUACCGAGGGGAAGUAUUACUGCACAUUCUGCUCUAAGGAGGCCGAAGACUUCAGGCCACGGUUCAAACUUACCGUCCGAGUGGAAGAUUCAACAGCCCAAACAACUUUCACCCUCUUCAAUAAGGAGGCAGAACAGAUCGUCGGCAUACCAGUGGACAAAAUUAUCGACGAGCUUCCAGAGGGCACUAACAUUGGAGAAAUACCCCCGGUCAUUAGGAACAUAAUUGGAAAGCGUUGCGUGUUCGAUGUGAAGAUUAAUGAAUAUAACACUGUCCGCGGUUACGAAGAUUACACGGUGUUUCGCCUUAAACUAAGCGACCAGAUGGAACGGGCAUCCACCAGCAACAAAGACAACACAGACAGCUCAAAGAAACAGAGGGUCAACUGAGAAGGUCCGGGAGCAAGCAAAAUCCAACACUGCAAACCACUAUUGCAUCGUUUAGUUAUACCGCACAUUCCUUAGCAGCAUUACACUAUGCACUAGAUCAUCUACUACACAUGCAUCAGAACUUUAAACACAUGCACAUAUUUCUAUUGCUUCAGCAUUUUUAGCCUUCACAAAUAGCAUUACUUAAGAAUAUGUUCUUUUACUGUUUAUAAUAUAUGGCAGCAAU